CUUGGACCUGAUAGUCCUUCCAAUCGCAACAUUUAAGUACAGUUAAACAAAAUUAUUGUGACAGGAGUUAACGGCUCAAAAAGUUUAUAUCUAAACUAGAGAGUUUGUGGGAACGCCCUCUACACUGCAGAACCCAUUCACAAUAAAAUCUUGUUUUACAUAAAAAAAAUCCGGCGCAAGGUUAUAAACGCCGGUUACAUCUUGUUGGAGCAACUGUUCAGUUGCUUGUUAGUGGAACCAGCAGAGCCACGUUAUGAAAUUGUUUUGCUUGAUAUUUGGAGUGUGUUUGUUCGGUUUUGGCAAAUGUGCUGAACCACCAACAACAAAAGCGCCAACGCUUCAGCCACCAUCAAGUGUUAAUAAACCUGAUGACAUUCCAGAGGACGUGCGGGUGUUAAGGGAGACAAUAGAAAAGUAUGGCCCUCCACAUGACUACAAUCAGUUGGGAUUUCCAGGCCCUAAAGUACUUCUAGACGACGAAAAACACCUGUUUAAAAAUAAACUAGACUAUGAGGGAGCCGAGAAUUAUACUUUGAGGGUACGGACAAUAACCGAGUAUUUUAGUUACAACGGACAUUUCGAAGAAGUGAGAAUGCCACUAAACUUCACGCAAAACGCCCAGAUAAAAGGGCAAUUUGCAACGCACUUUGAAAGAAAGAGUGGUGGUUUUUAUAUUCGCACAAUUGGUUACAAAGUUGAUGAAAAUGGUUACCGCCAGUUUUUGCUAGAUCUGACCGUUGCCCAAACAACUUUGAAAGAAGUCAGUCAACCUUCAUUAUCGUUUUGUAGCAGUAUUGGUGGUAUCGGUGGUGGCCCUGGAGGUGGUGGUUUUCCAACAUCAGGUACAGUUGGUGGCUAUCCAGGAAGUAGUUCUGUUUUUGGCAGCGCCUUUGGAGGAGGUGCUGGACUAGGAGCGCCAGCAAGCGGAAAAGUUACUAUUUCUUCUACUGUGCUCGCCACGUUGACAGGAGGGAACCUUGGUUAGGGUUGGCAAAUAUUUUUAAGACUGCUUGUGUUUUUAAAUUGAGAUUGUACUACAUAAUUACGUUACAUGUUUCCUAUUUAAAAACACACCGAUUACUAUACGAAAAAUCAUUUUUAAGUUUGUGUUACUUUGUAAUUAGACAUUCACAAUUCAAAAAAUGAUCCAUAUUAAAUUUUCUUUUUGCGUUUUUCUAUAAAUGCCAUUGUCCUGUUUAACAUAAAAUUAAACAAAUAAAUAUUGUGAUAGAUGUCAUAAUAAUAAUUA